AUGGAUCGUUUACCUAAAGUGUGGUAUGAACAGGCCAGCAGCAUCGAAGAUUCGUUAUUAGUUUCCGCGUCAAAAGAUACUCCGUCGAGCAACCCCCUUAAACCUCCGCAAUCCCCGGCUAAAACCCCGUCCAAAAAAUCCCUCGCCAAGAAGGCUCGCCGAAAAUCCGGAGAGGCGGAAAGCGCAGGAAAUGGCGCAGAUGCAUCCGCGGAAAUUCCCCCGGUAGCUGGCGGGGAAACUGGCGCUGCCACUGGCGCGGAGGGGGGCUCGGGGGAAGGCGCAGGGGCGGGCGGAGGGGGGCAGGCGGAAGACCCGCGCGGGGGGCUGUCAGAGGCGGAGUGGAUGGCGCUGGCAGAGAAGCUACGGGGGGAAGGGGACGCGCUUCUGAAGGAGGCGGCGGAAGCGUAUGAGCGGCGCAAGGAGAGCAGCAGCGAUGCCAGGUGGCUCGCUGCCGUCCGUCGAUCUGGAACGGCCGCGGAUCGUGUGGCUGCGCUGACUGUGGUUAUACAGGACGACCCUGUAGCGAAUCUCUCCAACCUGGACGCGUUACUGGCCAUGGUGUUGAACAAGACCACCAAGCGCCACGCCUUAGGCGCCAUGGACGCGCUCAGCGAGCUUUUCACCUCCUCGCUGCUCCCUGACUCGCGCAAGCUGCGCUGGCUGCACCAGCAGCCGCUGCUUCUCCUGUCCCCGCUAAAAGCAUCCCCGCUACAAGCCGCUUCGCUACAAGCUGCCUCGCAGCAGUCAAAGGGCGAGGGAAAAGCAGGAGGGAAGGUGACUGUAGCGGGGGGAGAUGCGGGCAGGAGGCUGCUGCGGCUGUGGCGAUACGAGGAGUGCUUGAAGGAGCGGUUCGAGCGGUUUUUGGAGGGGUUGGAGGAGGGCGGAAAGGACGUGGUCGAGUUUGUGCGCGACAAGGUGCUUCGCAUUCUGCAUGCCCUGCUGUCGUCCAAAGCGGAGGGGGAGAGACGGGUGCUGCAGGCGCUGGUGAACAAGCUGGGAGACCCGAGUCGAAAAGUGGCCUCCAAGGCCAGCUACCUGCUGGGCUGUCUGCUAGACGCCCACCCCAACAUGGCCCCCGUGGUGGUGAAACACGUGGAAGCAUUUGUCUUCCGCCCCAACAUCAGCACGCGCGCGCGGCACUACGCGGCCGUCUUUCUGAACCACAUCACCCUGUCGCACAAGGGGCUGGGCCCCAUGCUCGCCAGACAGCUCAUUGACCUCUACUUCGCUCUGUUCAAAGUGGUGACGAUGGGUGCGGGAGGGGAUGGGGACGGGGACGGGAAGGGGCGGUGGGAGGGGAGAGGAGGAGAAGGGAGGGGUGGAGGGAGAGGGAGAGGGAGGGGUGGAAAAAGAGGGGGACGGGGAGGAGAGCGGGGGGGAAGAGGAGGGAGAGGAGGGAGGGGAGGGAGAGGAGGAGGGGGGAGAGGAGGGGGAAGGAAAGGGAAGGACCGGUUUGUGUCGGCAGCAGCGGCGCCGGGAGUGGGAGGGGUGGAGGGGCAUGAGUUGGAAGCAGAUAGUGCAUUGCUGUCGGCUCUUUUGACAGGUGUGAAUUGUGCAUUUCCAUACGUCGCUGAGUUACCAGAGGUGAUAGAGUUGCUCUCAUCUCCUUCCUUAUCCCUUCCCCUCCCAAUGGCAGGUGUGAACCGUGCAUUCCGCUACGUGGCAGAGGAUGAUGUUACAGAGGUCAUUGAAACGCACACACCCCUCCUCUUCCGCAUGGUGCAUGCGGCCAGCUUCAAUCUGGGCGUGCAGGCGCUGCUGCUGCUGUUCCAGCUCAUGGGCAAGAGCGCUGCUCUCAGCUCCCGCUAUUACCGCGCACUCUACUCUGUGCUCUUCUCACCUGCUCUCGCCAAGUCUUCUAAGGCGCUGCUGCUGCUGUUCCAGCUCAUGGGCAAGAGCGCUGCUCUCAGCUCCCGCUAUUACCGCGCACUCUACUCUGUGCUCUUCUCACCUGCUCUCGCCAAGUCUUCUAAGGCGCUGCUGCUGCUGUUCCAGCUCAUGGGCAAGAGCGCUGCUCUCAGCUCCCGCUAUUACCGCGCACUCUACUCUGUGCUCUUCUCACCUGCUCUCGCCAAGUCUUCCAAGGUGGGUGAUGAGGCUUGGGGCCCAGGGGUUGCAGCUCAGGGUUGGGUCUAUCACCUCUGUCAACCUGACUCUCCCAACCAGUUAAAUGAUCCCCCUCCUCUUUUCCCCGCAACCGCCCGUCUCCCUCCCAUCCCCGCAUCCCCUAACAGGGGUCCCAUGUUUAUGGCGUUGGUGUUCAAGUCAAUGAAAGCAGACGUCAACCUCCCGCGCAUUGCAGCGUUUGCCAAGCGGCUGCUGCAGGUGGCGCUGCAGCAGCAGGCCACAUUCGCAUGCGGGGCCCUACUCCUUAUUUCCCAAGUGCUCAAAAUCCGACCCAUGUUGUGCCAAGUGGUGGCGGGCGCUGCAGCAGCAGGCCACCUUUGUGUGUGGCGCUCUACUGCUUAUCUCCGAAGUCCUGAAGCUGCGUAUGGUGGAUGGUGUUGUAUGGAAGAGGCCAAGCUGCGCCCCAUGCUGUGGAGUGCUAUCUUAGAACCAGAAGCAAAUACAGACGACGUGGAGCAUUUUGUGGACGUGGAUAAGGAAGCAGCUAGUAACGAGGAUGGGGUUGAGGGGAAGAAGGUGCAAGGGAAAGGAAGAGGCGAGGAGGGAGAUGAGGAAGAGGACGAAGAUGGGAGAAAGAGGAGGGAGGGAACAUACGAUCCAAAGCAAAGGGAGCCGUCCCUGUGGACCUCUCCCUCUCUUCGCCUUCCUCUUACUCCCAUUUUCCCCCCACCUUUUCCCCCGCACCCGCCCUUCCCUUCCCCCACCUUACGCCCCUGCUCCUGCCCCAUCAACCCCUCCCUCCUCCCCACUCCCUCCAGCCAUGCGGAUCGCGCGUGCUGGUGGGAGCUGGCAGCAUUGGCAGCGCACAUGCACCCCACAGUUUCUCGCCUCGCCGCCUCCCUGCUCUCAGGCGAACCCGCCUCCUUCACAGGCGACCCCAUCCAGGACCUCUCCCUCUCCGCCUUCCUCGACCGGUUUGCUGAGAAGCAGCAGAUGAGAAUGAAAGCUGCGGGUAGGGAGAAUGCUGCUUCUGCUGCUGCGGUGGCGGCGGCAGGGGGGAGGAGAAGCGUGGGGUUUGUGAAGGAUGGGGGGAAGGGGCAGGUUCAGGCGCAUGAUGCGUUUUUCCAUCAGUUUUAUGCGAUGCAAGGGGAGUUGGGGUCGAGAUGGAAUAAGGGGGAGAAGAAGGGGGGAGAGGGUUGGGGAAAGAGAAGGGAGGAGGAUGAGGAGGGAUUGGAUGUAGAUAUGAAGAUCGCAGAGGAUGGUGAUAUGAGGGAGGAUUUGGAGGAGGGGGGUGAGGGGGGGGAGGAAGAAGAGGAGGAAGAAGGGGAAGAGGAGGAGGAAGAGGAGGAUGAGGGAGAGGAAGGGGCUGGGUUCGCAGGGGGAGGGUUCCUGGAAGUUUCGGAUGAUGAUGAGGCUGCUGACGAGGCGAUCAAGAACUGGAUGGAGGAGGAGGGAGGCGAUGGGGGGAGCGAUUUGAGUGAGGGAGAAGAGGGUGGGGGGGAGGAUGAUGAGGAGGAGGAAGAAGAGGAGGAAGGGGAUGGGGGCUUUGAGUUUGAUUAUGAUGACAUGGAUGAUUUGGCUGGGGAGGAUGCUGUUGGGGAUGAGGAGGAAGAGGAGGCAGAGUUGGAGGAGGAGGAGGAGGAGGAGGAUGAGGAUGAGGAUGAAGGCAAGGGGGAGGGGGCGGGAGAGGAGGAGGGAGAAGGUGAGGAGGAGGAACUGGAGGAGGUAGCAACUAAGCCAAGCUCGAGGAAGGGAGGCAGCAGUGGGAAGGCAAAGAAGGAGCGUGCACCGGUGAAUGUGAAGAGGGGAGGGAGCAAGAGAGCAACAUAUAUUCAGAGUGAUAAUCAUGAGAAUGUGGGGAAGCCUUCCAAGAAGCAGCGGAAAGGGGAAGUGGCGGUUGAUGCUGCCGAGGAGAAAGUCAAGAAAGCGGACAAGAAGAGCCGUGGCGGAAAGAUGAAAGGGGGUUUGUCUAGUAGCCCUUUUGCAGACUUUGAUUCGUAUGCCCAUUUGUUGGAUGACUGA